UUAAUAAUAAUCACUUCAUUUAUCUCUAGAGACUGACUCUGGGCCUAGGGGUGGGUUACGUUUCUCUCUCUCCUUCUCUCACGCUGUCUCUCUAGAAUGGCUUCGAGUGCUUCAAAAUUCAUCAAAUGUGUGACUGUUGGAGAUGGUGCCGUUGGGAAAACUUGUAUGCUCAUCUGCUACACUAGCAACAAAUUCCCUACUGACUAUAUACCAACAGUUUUUGACAAUUUUAGUGCCAAUGUUGUGGUUGAAGGCAUCACUGUCAACUUAGGCCUUUGGGACACUGCCGGGCAAGAAGACUAUAACAGACUAAGGCCUUUGAGUUACAGAGGAGCAGAUGUUUUUGUGUUGGCUUUCUCAUUGAUCAGCCAAGCUAGCUACGAGAAUGUUUUCAAAAAGUGGAUCCCUGAACUCCAGCACUUUGCACCAGGAGUCCCCAUUGUACUUGUUGGUACUAAAAUGGUGUUCCGAUAUAUAGAUCUUCGUGAAGAUAAACAUUAUUUGUCUGAUCAUCCUGGACUGUCCCCGGUAACUACAUCACAGGGAGAGGAACUCCGCAAGCAUAUUGGAGCGACGUAUUACAUUGAAUGCAGCUCAAAAACUCAACAGAAUGUGAAAGCCGUAUUUGAUGCUGCUAUCAAAGUGGUAAUCAAACCAGUGGUGAAACCAAAGGAAAAGAAGAAGAAGCAAAAGCAGCACAAUGGAUGUCUCUCCCACGUUCUUUGCGGGAAACACUGAUGAAUGAUGAUGACUCAACUCCUGAUGGAUCGUUCACUUCUUUUUUCUUUCUUUCUAAAAGUCCAUUAUUGUUGUUCUGACAAGUCAGAAUAUACAUAGAGUUGGCAGAGAUGAAGCAUCAAUUCGAUAGAAGCUUCUUCGGUUUUUGUUUGUAUAUGUGCCGUGAUGUUUUGUUUGUUUCGAGUUUGGUUAUAGAAUUGUUUUAGCCAUUAUGUAGCCGAAGACCCCAUUAAGAAUAUAGAGAAGAGCUUGGUUAAAACCAAAUCA